UAGUAAAGUAAAAUAAAAUAUAAAACUUUUGUUUAAAUGUAGCUUAAAUAAAUUGAUUGCAACCACUUACCUUAAAAAAAUGUAUUAAAUUCAAUGAAUCAUUUUUUUCAGUGUGCUUGAUUUUUUUGGGACAAACUAACACAAGAUGCCUUUAUGGGCCCUGGCUAUACCUUAUAAUUUUGCAUAGAAAUAUAUGAUGAGUUAUUCACAAAUUGAGUUAUUCACAAAUUGAAAAAAUGUAGCUAUUGCACCAAUGCACCUAGUCAUAAUUAAAAGAAAUAAAACUGAAAUUACUACAUAACUAAAUAAAGGGUCUGGAUUUAUAUUGUUAAUGUACAUUUCAUUGGUUUUUGCAAUGUCAGCUGAACUUUAAGACCACAUGUCUUAGCUGAAGUGUAAAAAGACAGAUAAGACCGAAAAAUUCAUACUGACGUAUAAAGUCCAAAGUCUGGCCAUAAGCCAACAGAAAAUAUUAACCUGUUUUUUCAUAGAAACUUUACUCUCUUGCCUCCGGUAGAUGCGAUUCGGCACAGCUACAGUAGAAGUGUAAAAUGGCUCAAUAUGAAUACAAACAACUUAGUGACCAACUUUUCACAUACAAAGGAAUGGUGUUACCUGUCAAAGACAUUCAUUUCAUUUCUCCAGAAUAUAUUGACAGUUUGAGGGAUUUUGAAAUAAGGGAUGAUGAUGUCUUUGUCGUUACCUUUCCGAAAUCCGGAACGGUUUGGAGCCAGCAAAUCCUGACCUCACUGUAUGAAGAAGAUUUCCCAGAGAAAGUAAAUGAAACCACUUAUGAGCGGAUGCCCUGGCUGGAGCUUUUACAGAGGGGGAAAGAUUACACCUCACGUCCGUCCCCAAGACUCUUCUCUACCCAUUUACAUGAACACCUGGUGCCCAAAGGAUUGCAAGGAAAAGGAAAAAUCAUCUACAUUAUGAGAAACCCAAAAGACAUCAUGGUGUCCUACUUUCAUUUUUCCAAAAACAUGAAGCCCCUGGAAUCUUCUGAGAGCUUGGAUGACCUGCUGGAUAAGUUUUUCACAGGAUGGAUGCUCGGUGGAUGUUGGUUUGACCACAUCAGAGGAUGGAUCUCAAAUCAAGACAAAUACAACAUCUUGUUCUUGACUUAUGAAGAGAUGAUCAAGGACCUCAGAUCUGUCAUUGUGAAAAUCUGUACGUUUCUAGAGAAGAAUCUGUCAGAUGCAGCGAUCGAUAAAGUUGUGAAAAAAGCAACUUUUAACAACUUGAAGCAAGACCCCAAAGCCAACUACGAAUUCCUGCCUGGAGAAGUCACAGACCGUCCCAAAGGACUAUUUGUGUGCGAAGGUGUGACAAAAGAGAAUGAUCAAAAUUACCAUCCAUUGAUAAUUAAAAAAUAAUAAAGACCACAUAUGAUCUUAAUAUAAAGAAAUAAAACUGAAAUUAUAACUAAAUAAAAGGUCUGGAUUUAUAUUGUUAAUGUACAUUUCAUUGUUUUUUGUAAUGUCAGCUGAACUUUAAUACUACAUGUCUUAGUUGAAGUGUAAAAAGACAGAGAAGACUUCAAAAUUUGUGUUGACGUAUAAAGUCCAAAGUCUUCUGGCCAGACAAU